AUGAGUAAUGAAGAAUCCAUUGUGCUUUUCGAAGGAUGUUUUAAUCAGAUUGAAACAACUCAAGCAGAGCGCAAAUGUUCUUCCGUAACAAUUACCGAAUCUGACGAAAAGCAAACAUAUCCUGUCGGUUUGGAAUCCAUUGAACGCGCCAGUAGUUCACUGCCGUUCUCAAGUACGGUAUUAUAUGGUUCCGGGAGAGAGUUAGGUGCUGACGGCGGUAACGGAAUUAUGGAUAUGGAUCGCCUUUUACAACAAACGAUGAUCCUAUCAACGGAUGCUGAUUUCAUGGCGAACAGAAUUUUGCAACGUGUUCCGAUGAAUUUGAUGAAUGGAUCUUCCCAAGGGCUGGUACCAAUUAGUACAACGGAAGAUGUACCCGGUUCGUCAUCUGUAUCGGUAUUCUCGUCCACAACGCUAACAGCUCGAAACAGUUCUAAAACUUUAAAAUGUCCGAAAUGUAACUGGCAUUACAAAUAUCAAGAAACAUUGGAAAUUCAUAUGAAAGAAAAACAUGCGGGUCAUGAGGUGAAAUGUAUCUUUUGCUUGCAUAAUCGACCACAUCCUCGAUUGGCCCGUGGUGAGAGCUAUUCAUGCGGCUACAAACCGUAUCGUUGCGAAAUAUGCAAGUAUAGUACUACAACGAAGGGUAAUUUGAGCAUACAUAUGCAAAGUGAUAAGCACUUACAUGCGGUGCAAGAAAUACCACCUACAGUUACAGGUAAUACGAUAGCAAUUUCAAGUGGUGAUCUGAAUACAGAGAAUUUACUCCAGUGCAUGAUUUGCUCCACAUAUUCGACUGAUAAUAUUUCCAAAAUGAUCGAACAUAUUGAAAAGGACCGAAGUCACCCGGUGGUCGGAGAUAUCUCAUUGAUACAUGGUGUUUAUCAUUGUAAUCUAUGUCCAUAUAGUACUAAUCUGAAAGCAAACUUCCAAUUGCAUACAAGGACUGACAAACAUGUGCAGCGGACACAAACGGUAAGUGAAUUACAAUUCUAA